UAAGCAUAAACCAUAUUGUAAGUUAAAGAAGUAUUUACAUUGUGUAUGUUGUGUUAAAUAAUGAUAUCAACGAGUUGUUCAGUAUGAUUGAGUAAAUAUGCUGCAGGGCAAAAUGCAAUUUUUCUUAUUUCUUGCAAUUAUGAUUUUGUUGAGCGUGGUUUCUCACUCAUCGCCAUUUCAUAGAAUGAAGGUUGUAAACAGACCUGUAUCGAGUCUCACUAAACAAGAUUGCAGGAAUUUGAUGAGAACUCCUGAAUUUAAUGACGACUAUAGUACAUGGACGGAACAGAUGUGCCUAUUUUGGGUGUACGGGUUUGAACAAAAGGAAGCAGAACAGUAUGCAACUGCGACUAUUGAAGAUGGAGAUCUGGAUAAAAAUGGUGCAAUUGACGGUGAAGAAUUGUUUGGAAGACCAAACCCCAAAAAGACAGAGAAUGUAACAGCUUAUAGUCUAUAAUAAUGGUUUGCCUCACGUCUUCCAGUCUACCAUACUAAAAUAAAAUGAAUCAUUUAAUGUC